CUAUUGUAUGUAGAGAGUACUCAGUAAGGUACAGAGAGAGAGCUGAGACGCGUACAGUUAGCAGGGGUUGACUGUAUAAAUUGUCUACAUUCAAAAGUGAAACUAACUGAACAGCCUGUAUUUGGCUAGCUCCAGUCCAGGCUACAAUUUUAUGGUCGCAGUAGACUAGCAUUGCACUUUUGCAUCUUUGUCGAUAUAUUUAAAACGUUUAUUUUUUUUAUUUAUUUUUUAUUUUUUUUAUAAGGCCUCCUUUUAUUCGCAUAUCAUUAAACAAACUACAAGGUUGAGGGUCAGUUAUUUUUUUGUGAAUGAAAAGGAUCAUUGAAUUUAUCGCUUAAGAUUCGGUGUUCAUAGUGAAAACACAGAACUUGGUAUCGUUGAAAAAGGGUCAGUGUUUGCUCUCGCUGUAUCUUGGUAUCAUGGGUUUGCUGACACAAGGGUCGCCAUUGAACUGGGAAGAGACCAAAAAGUACGCGGAUCAUGUCAGAAAACACGGCAUCAUCCAAUUCCUAAAUAUUUACAACAAAUUGAAAGACCGACAAAAGGACGUCCUGAAGUGGGGUGAUGAGGUUGAAUACAUGUUGGUAGCGAUGGAUCACAGCAAUCAGAAAGUUCGCCUGGUGCUCAGUGGAGGUGAUAUCUUGCACACUCUUCAAGAAAAAGGUGAAAAUACCAACCCCAACCACCCAACCCUCUGGAGGCCCGAGUACGGCAGCUACAUGAUUGAAGGCACUCCUGGCCAGCCCUAUGGAGGAACAAUGUCUGAGUUCAACACUGUGGAAGACAACAUGGGGAAACGACGGAGGGAAGCCUCCUCUUUACUGAAAGAAAACCAGACACUGUGCACCAUCACAGCAUUCCCAAGAUUGGGCUGCCCUGGUUUUACUUUCCCAGAGUUUGAUCCCAAACCAGUUGAAAAAGGAGCAUCCAAAUCUCUAUUUUUUCCAGAUGAAGCAAUUAAUCAGCAUCCCAGGUUUAGCACUUUGACCAGAAAUAUCCGUCACAGAAGAGGAGAGAAAGUCGUGAUAAAUGUACCCAUCUUUAAAGACAAAAACACACCAUGUCCUUUUAUUGAGACAUUCCCAACAGAUGAUGGAGAGGCAGAAAGGGCAGCUUUACCAGACCACAUAUACAUGGACUGCAUGGGGUUUGGAAUGGGAAACUCUUGUCUUCAGGUCACAUUCCAAGCUUGUAGUAUAAGUGAAGCUAGAUAUUUAUAUGACCAGCUUGCCACAAUAUGCCCCAUUGUGAUGGCUUUGAGUGCAGCUUCUCCAUUUUAUAGAGGCUACGUGUCUGAUAUUGACUGUCGCUGGGGAGUGAUCUCUGCUUCCGUCGAUGACCGAACACGUGAAGAGCGGGGUUUAGAGCCCCUAAAACACAAUAAAUAUCGGAUCAGUAAAUCCAGAUAUGAUUCCAUAGACAGCUACCUCUCCAGUUGUGGUGAAAAAUACAACGACAUUGAAUUAACAAUAGAUGAAGAGAUCAACAAGCAGCUGUUAGAUGCAGGGAUUGACAAGCUCUUGGCGCAACAUAUAGCCCAUCUUUUUAUCCGUGAUCCUUUGACUCUCUUUGAAGAGAAAAUUCAUCUGGAUGAUGAGAAUGAGUCCGACCAUUUUGAGAACAUUCAGUCAACCAACUGGCAGACUAUGAGAUUUAAACCUCCUCCUCCCAACUCUGACAUUGGAUGGAGAGUAGAGUUUCGCCCAAUGGAAGUCCAGUUGACAGACUUUGAAAACUCAGCAUACGUUGUAUUUGUUGUAUUGCUCACAAGAGUGAUUCUGUCAUACAAACUAGACUUCCUUAUUCCAUUGUCGAAGGUUGAUGAAAAUAUGAAGGUCGCUCAGAGACGGAAUGCUGUCCUUCAAGGAAUGUUUUACUUCAGGAAGGACAUUUUUAAAGGUUGUAACCCAGUUGUCGAUGGAGGUGCAUCACCUCAAAACGGCCUAGACAAGGAAGAGUAUGCUUUGAUGAGCAUUGACACAAUCAUUAAUGGGAAGGAAGGUGUCUUUCAUGGUUUAAUACCAAUCCUGAACUGCUACCUGGAAAACAUGGAAGUAGACGUAGAAACGCGAUGUACCAUAUUGAAUUAUUUUAAACUGAUAAAGAAGAGAGCAUCAGGGGAGCUGAUGACUAUGGCUCGAUGGAUGCGAGAGUUUGUUGCAAACCACCCUGAAUACAAGCAGGACAGCAUGAUCACGGAUAAAAUCAACUAUGACCUCAUUAUGAAAUGUGACGAGAUUGCAAAUAGAGCAGCUCGGUGCCCAGAACUUCUCGGAGAUCCCAUAAACAGGGCAAAAUAAGAGUUUAAAAUUGGACUGUUUGAUUAUUGCAGUGCACUCUGCAUUGGAAUACAGUCACACCUGCUAAAAACAACCACUCAAUGGACUGUAUAAAUGUACUCUUUUGAGAUGUGGUCUUUUAAGUAAAGGUAAUAUGGGAAGUAAUGCAUGCUUAGGGUGCAUCUGAGUGGUCACUGUAGAAUGGUGGUAUUUAAUAAAGAUGUGAAUGAACUACUUAAACGUUAAUGUUUUGUAAAUAACUGUGGUUGUACCCCUUUUGCAUGGUGUAAAGACCAAAUAUGUGAUGCAGCAUAAAACAAAAAAAAUGGGCCAAUCAAAUUAACCUUGUCCUUUUUAAACAAUUUUUAAAGAAAUGCAAACCAGUGCAUUAUAAUUAUCAAAGAACAUUUGUAUUGCACUUGUAUAUAAUAUCCAGAUUUAUAUGAUUAACAAAUUAUUUUAAUAGCAAAAAAGUCAAUAUUGCAUAAUUUCUGUGUACCAUUUUUUUUUCCUAAUGCAAUCAAAGUGUGUAUUGUUGUGGGUGGCAAUGUCAAUGUAAGGAAAUGCUAAGCUGUACGUUAGAAAGCUUUUUCUUUAAAAUGUCUACUGUGUUGCUGGUUAGCAAACUUUAACAGUGCUGUACUUAUGUCUGCUUUUGGUUAUUUGCAGAGUUGAAAAUGUGUAUACAGUGUUGCUGUAAGUACUUUUCAGGAUAAAUGUUUGAUUGACUGCACUCUAUUCUUUUAUCUGUAAUGGAGAGUAACUUCUACAGAUUACCCAUUGUACUUGUAUUGUGUAAAUCUAUUUUGAAAAAAUAGCAUUGUGUCAGAAUCUUGAGGAUAUAAAUCAUUGUUUAUUAAGGGAUUUGUAGUAGGUCUUGAAAUAAACUAGACAGAAUGUUAUUUCAUCUUCAUAGUGUUAUUUCCCCUUUAGCAUACAAUUACUCUGGUUCAAAUA